AUGGCUCCAUCGUGGAACUCCAUCGUAGAACAAAUUGCCGUAGUUUCCCAGCAGGAACAGCAGCAGGACGACAAGCUUCGAUCCGGCCAGCUCCAUAAUAAGCCUGUCAUAAUACCGAGCCAUGAGUGCACACAACAUGCGCCCAACUCCGCGCCCCCUAUCGGCCGCAAGCCGCGUCCAGCCGUUCUUCUUAUCCCUGAAGUCCUUCCUCCGCCAGCUUCCCCUCUUCCGCUACCUCCGCACCCUCACCGGCGCCCCGACCAAUUACAGGCACGCGCGCAACAGCAGCGGGGGGGGGAUGCGCAGGGCCCGCCCAGGCGCGCACGCCAGCUCAAGAUCUGGGAUCUCCAACCCGAGCUCCCGCCCCCCGCCCCUCAUGUGCGCCAUGACUGCGCGCUUGCGCGCGCGUGCGCGCAGCAACCCCGCAAUCUCCCGCCGGAGCUGCCGCCGUCCUCCCAACCGGACGCGGGACUGCUCGAGGCGCCUCAGAUUGCGCCGUCGCUACUACUGGAGUCAGCACGUCUCGCCUGCCGACAGCGGGACGUAGGUUUAACGGACCGACAGAUCAUUAACGGACGCGCCCCUGGCGGACUGACGCUGAUUUCCAGUGACGGCGCGUGCGGGGGCGGCGCCCCUGGGCGAAGCGGCGUGUUCUCCCCGGAUGGCAGCGGGCUGUGCGGCGCCGCCCAUUGCGCCCGCUGCGACGGGCUCAGCCGGCCGAAGCGAUGGCCGUCGAUCGGCUUUCCCGUGCGGCGAUUCGUGCAACUCGCGCAGCAAGCGGCACAGGUGGCGCAGCCCGAGCGGCAAAUCGAAGGGUUAGUCGCAGGUUCCAGUGACAACGUGAUUCGGCCCGCCUGGCAAUCGUUCCCCGCGUGCCCCGCAGAUGUCGCCGAUUCCGCGGAGCCUGGACUCUUCCGCGCGCGGACCGAUGGGUUUCCGCCGCCUCCGUGCGCCUUCACCUCUACACCCGCGGAACUCCCUCUCGAAACGCCCCGCGCUUCACCACGCGUGGCGGAACCAUGGGGCGGAAAGGCGGAACUGGGGGGAGAUUGGCGGAAGCUUCCUCCGCCAGGGUGGUACCGGCGGCGGGAUUGGGGGAUCGGGAAUGCGCGGAAUGCAAUCCGCGGGGUGUCUGUGCGCCCAUCAUCUGGAGCCGUUGCGCCGCUUCCCGCUCCCCCAACCGCGCAGCAUGCUGCCCCAACAAUAAGCCAUGCUCCGCCCACAGGAGAGCGUGCUGUACACAGCAGCAAGAGCUCUAUAACGCGGAUGCACUCCGUCCCCACCGACCCCGAGCAAACCGUCGAUGAAUGCGCAGCGGUUGAAGCAGAUCCACGCAGCAAAACCCACCGCGCCACGUGUCUCCCCAUCAGCGGCGAAGUCAUCCAGACCCACGUGGCAUCGUUCUGGAUGACUGUACUGGGACAGUUGGAGUUUCUGGGGGAGGUGUCAUCUGCGUUUCUGGGGGAGGCUGUACCUGGCGGUCGAAACAGGCAGGCACGGGGAGAGGAGUGGAGCGGAGCACAGGCAGGGAGCAGCAUUAGCGGGCUGUCGCACAGCCAAGGGAGUGAGCAAUCCGUGGGGGCCACAGCAGCACUAGCGAUGGGGGGAAGCGAUGGGGGGAGAUUGGCCAAUGCUGCUGUGGAUGGGCAAAGGGGUGAAGCUACUGCUGCCAUGCGAGCUCGCCUUCUGGCUGACCCACCUUCUCUCCCCAUGGAAUCCUCCUUCCUUCUGGGGGAGGUGUUAUCUGCAGCGCCUCCUGGCCAAGGUACCACCGCUAAGAACCGUGCUGAACCGGGCCGGCCGUACCUGCGUGUCCGCACCACUCAGACAGGUCAGAUGAACGACGUGGACACGUGUCGCAAGGGGACUGGCCACAGCCCGGCAUCGAUCCUGGACUCACCUGUUCCGUCUGAUGACUCUAGCUGUGACUCUCGCCCUGAGCUUGCAUGGGGCUAG